AUGGUCAACUUCCGCAACUUCGCCGCCUCUCUUGCGGCUGCCUCUGUCAUCGGUUCAGCACUUGCCCACCCCGGCGAAGUCCACACGGCCGAGGAGAAGAAGCGCGAGAUUGACAACUUCAAGGCUGCUCAGCUCAACCUUCGACGCUCCUUCGCUGAGGUCGGCAAGACCCCUGAGGCUCUUGCACUGAAGGCCCGCGCCGCUGCCCGCCGUGCUGGUAUCGCACAGGCCCUCCGGGAGAAGCGUGGACUUACCAAGAAGUCCCUCAAGUCCAAGCGUGACCAGGCUGCCCUCGAGAAGUGGAGCGCAAUCAGCCAUGACGUCUCCGAGACUGGCUACACUCUGGACACUCCUAUUGAGACCAUCUUCGGCGGUAACUCUAGCACUGCCCUCGUGCCCGAGACUACUAUUGGCCCCUACUUUGUCUCUGGAGAGUUGAUCCGGGAGGACAUCACCGAUGGCGAGACCGGUGUUCCUCUACACUUGGACCUGCAGUUCGUCGAUGUGAACACUUUCGAGCCUGUUCCUGACCUCAUGGUUGACAUUUGGCACUGCAAUGCUACUGGAGUUUACUCUGGCGUUUCCGCUUCUGGCCAAGGUGGACUGGAUACUACCACAUUCCGUGGAGUUCAAGCCACGGAUUCUGAUGGUGUAUCCCAAUUCGACACCAUUGUCCCCGGUCACUACACUGGCCGAGCCGUCCACAUCCACCUGAUGGCCAAUUCGAAUGCCACUGUCCUGUCUAACAACACCUACGAGGUCGGCACCGUCCUGCACAUCGGCCAGCUGUUCUUCGACAUGUCUCUCAUCAACGAGACCGAGGCCACCUCACCCUACAAUACCAACCAGCAGGUUUUGACUGCCAACCUGGAUGACGGUAUCGCCGCAGACGAGGCUACUGCAGACUACGAUCCCUACGUAGACUUCGUCUACCUUGGCGACACCAUUGCGGACGGCCUUCUGGGUUUCAUCACAGUGGGCGUUGACACUACCGCUAACUACACCGACAACUACACCCCUGCGGCUCACUACCUAGAGGGCGGCGGUGUCGACACUGGCAACUCCGGCGGCGGUCCCCCUGGUGCUCCCCCUGCUCGCAAGUAA